CCCUCCCCUCCCUCCACCUCUCUCCCCUAGGCUGUUACUACACCAAGCAGUGGACUGUGGGCUGCGGGAGAUGUUAGGAGCCGCGUUUGAAACAGGCAUCUCUACGCCCGAGUGCGUAUAGAGUACGUGGGAGAAACGAUUCAGACCGCCUCGCCUCCGGUUCUACUGGAAAUAAAGUUUGAUCUCGGUGGAAAUAGACUUGUGCGAGCGUUUUACUACAGGGAGUCCCAGGGUCAUUUUGGGAGAUGGCUGCUUCGGACGGGAGCCGCGUUUUGAACGGGUUAGCCCUAUCCCUCUGGAUAUGUUUGACUUUGUUGAAGGGAUCUCACGGGCAGAUCCGCUACUCCAUUCCCGAAGAGCUGAAACACGGGGCGUUCGUGGGGAACAUCGCCGAUGAUCUGGGGCUAGACGUGGCCGAGCUGUCCGCUCGCAGGUUCCGAAUGGUCUCCAGCACGCGUAGACAAUAUUUGGAGGUGAAUUUGGAGAACGGGAUACUGUUUGUGAACGAGAAAAUGGACAGGGAGCAACUCUGCGGUACCAGCGCGUCCUGUUUCCUCAACCUCGAGAUUGUGAUUGAAAAUCCCUUGGAACUGUAUCAGGCUGAAAUCGAGAUCUUGGACGUUAAUGACAAUUCUCCGCGUUUCCCCAGCAGUCACGUUAGGUUGGAGGUGACCGAGUCGGCAGCUCUCGGAGCGCGGUUCCCCUUGGAGAGCGCGCAGGAUCCUGACGUCGGGACCAAUUCCCUCCGCACUUACCGGCUGUCACCGAACGAGCAUUUCCUUCUGGACGUUCAGACCCGGAGCCAGCGGAGUAAGUUGGCGGAACUCAUCUUGGAGAAACCUCUAGACCGGGAGCAACAGGCUCUUCACCGGUUGGUGCUGACGGCGGUGGACGGGGGGAUCCCGGAGAAAUCCGGUACCGUCCGCAUUACCGUCAGCGUGCUGGAUGCCAAUGAUAACACCCCGGUCUUCGACCAGACUGUGUACACGGUGAGGCUGCGUGAAAACGCGCCCACGGGCUCCCUGGUCAUCAAUCUCAACGCCACUGACUUGGACGAAGGGACCAACGCUCGCAUAGUCUACUCGCUGGGCAACCACGCUCACGAGAGGGUGCGGGAACUGUUCACGGUGGAGCCACAGAACGGGGAGGUCAGGGUGAAGGGGGUCAUGGAUUACGAGGAAGCCUCGGUCUACGAGAUCUUCGUCCAGGCCAAAGACCUGGGUCCCAACGCGGUGGCGGCCCAUUGCAACGUGUUGGUGGAGGUGGAGGACGUGAACGACAACGAUCCUCAAGUGGUCCUGACCUCCCUCUCUAGCCCGGUUCCCGAGGACGCUCCGCCGGGCACAGUCAUCGCUCUCAUCAGCGUGACCGACCGGGACACCGGAGCCAGCGGCAAAGUCAAUUGCCGCCUUCUGGGCGGGCUCCCGUUCAAACUGUUGCCGUCCUUUAAGAAGUAUUACACCUUGGUUACCGACGGGCCGUUGGACCGGGAGAUGGUGGCCGAAUAUAACGUGACGGUGGCGGCCAGAGACGCGGGCAACCCUCCCCUCUCCAGUAACACUACCAUCUCGGUCAAAUUGUCGGAUGUGAACGAUAAUCCUCCCCGCUUCACCCUCCCGGCUUACACCGUGUAUAUUACCGAGAACAACGCACCGGGCGCCUCUAUUUGCUCGGUAACCGCAGUGGACCCAGACGCCAACCAGAACUCUUACCUCUUCUACUCUAUCUUGGAAAGCCGCAUACAAGGCAUGUCGAUCUCCACCUACGUCUCGGUCAACUCGGACAACGGUAACGUCUACGCCCUUCGCUCUUUCGACUACGAGCAACUCAAAAGUUUCCAAAUCCUGAUCCAAGCCCAAGACGCGGGCUUCACGCCUCUCAGUAGCAACGCCACCGUCAACGUCUUCAUCCUGGACCAGAACGACAACGGGCCGGUGAUCGUAUCUCCGCUGGCCCGCAACGGCUCGGUGGCCGUGGAGACGGUGGGGCGCUGGGCUGACGCUGGGACCUUGGCGGUCAAGGUGACGGCGGUGGACGCGGACGAAGGCCAGAACGCUCGGGUGUCUUACCGGCUGCUCCGAGUCACCGACCGGGGGCUGUUCAACUUGGAGAUCCACACAGGAGAGGUUAGGCUGGCUAGAAGUUUCGGGGCCAAGGACUCAACCCAACAGAGGUUGGUUGUCCAAGCUAAAGAUAACGGCGUGCCUUCGCUCUCGGCCACAGUCACAAUCGUGUUAACGGCGGUGGACACUCUAGUCAGUCAUAAACCCGAACUGACCAGCGAGCCCGAGGUACACUCUGACCUAACCCUCUAUCUAAUCAUCUCACUGGGCUCCGUAUCGUGCUUGUUUCUGGUCGCCAUCGUGAUCUUGGCGCUGGUGAGAUGCCGGAGGGAUCAAAUCCACGGACACUCCAGCCCGGUCGUAGCUUGUUGCUCAAAGUCGUGCCUCGGGAGACGCCGAAGUUCUGCCGAGAUGUUUCAGAAGUCCAAUGUCAACGUUCAGUUGGCCGCCGGCACCAAGGCAGCCCCGAGCGCCUCUGAAGUCAACGGCUGCCGGCUCCCGUCGCAAACCUACUGCUACAAGGUGUGUCUGACACCGGAGUCGGCCAAGAGCGACUUCAUGUUCCUCAAACCCUACACCCCGCAGAACAACCAGAUCGAAGGUCGCGACAAUCGCCAAGGACUGGUGGUGGGAUCUGCCCCCAGCGCUCCCGGGGAGGUUAAACAUCAAAACAUUGACUACUACUCUUCGCCCUGCCAGAGACACACAGAGAGCAGCUCUUGGGAACCAGAGGAAAACCGAGUCCGGGCAGGUGCACAGAAAGAGGCAAACAAGAUGCAAGCGGCCGUCCCCACACCAAGCGGUGAAUAUCGAGGGCGUGGAGGGGGAAACAAGCGAGGAGCUUCAUCAGCCGGAGGUGAUGGAUGGACACCGAGAUACGGGCCUCAGUACCCCUACUGCGACCAGCCUACAGGAUACAAGCUUAAUGUCUACAUACCCGGCAAUGCACCACUGAAGUCCAGCAAAAUGAACUCAGCCACUCAAAUGGAGCAGAACAACACCUUCUCUACAUUUGGGAAAAAGUCGAAACGAGCGUCACUACAGGACAUGGAACUGGACAGGACUUUGAGUUAAAGUUUCCAAACUUGCCGAUACUGUCAGGGUGGUUCCAUGCCCUUGCUUACACACACACAAAACAAAUCAAUCAGUUUGAUCGACGAUGGCCAAUAAUUGGCAAAAAGCCACGAGAGAGGGAGACGGGAUUUAUGAACGCUGUUGGGAGUGUGGAAUCCUGGUGGAAGGAGACUCGGAAAAGACAUUUGGACCAAGCCUGGGAAGAAGAGAUGUUGGC